AUGUCGACGCUUCUUCACCAAUCUUUUCUUAGUAAAAGGCUGCCAUCAGUGCCCCCUGCGGCUUCUAUUUAUCACCAUGAUCCUCUUUUACAUGUUGAACGCCAGACAAAACACAUACAGCGCAAUCUCCAACUCCUUAUUGAUGCUCAAAGCGAAGGCCUUCUCUCUGUUCUAGCUGGGCCUCAACGGGAUCAGAUCUCAGCCAGGACUUUGACUCCAACAUUGCCAUCCAAUGGGAGUCGGCCACAGUCCCCUUCCACGGUGCCCCCUAGGCAGCCCACGCCCAAGAAAAUCGGGCUUCGGGCUGCCCGGGAGGGCAUAUUUCAAUCGAUAUAUGAUCUACUGAAGUUACGAGAAGAAGAACGAGAGAUUCUCACAUCUCAGACCAAUGAAAGGGACAACGCACUGCAUGAUAUCCAAAGCUUCAUGUCGAGAAGAAAUGGUCUAGAGGACGCCAUUACCACUAUACAUGGAGACAAGGAGAGCCGACGUUCAAAGCAACUGGAAGAAGAGGCUCGGAACCUCGAGACUGACAUUCAUGAAUUGGAGACCAGGUUGUAUGAGAUGAAAGCUAAACAUCGACAUGUUGUGAAUGAGAUAUCACAGAUUAGCAACUCGGUCGACGCCAAGCUUUCUUCUUACACUGAAUCUUUGUCUUUACUCGACUCUGACAUCCGAAAUUACCUCCGUGAUCCUCCUAUCCAACCGCUAUCGCAAAGCUCAGGCGAAUCCACCUUUCACUCGUUGAAUCCCAAACGUCGCACACUUGACAUGGCCCAGGAGCAUUGGAAGACUGAACAAGUCAGUUUGCACAGUAGGCAACAGAAAGUGGAUGCGGAAAUACUAGCAUUGGAAGACGGAGGCGGUGUAUGGAAACAAGCGGUAUCCGAUGUCACUGGCUUUGAGAAGCGCUUACAAGCCAACAUGCAACAUUAUGUUGAGAUGACCACACCAACGACCCAGUCAGAAGGAACCACACCGGCAGGUUACAGAGAAGGACUUGUGAAGAGUAUCCUGGAUGAUUUGGAAAGAACCACUCACCGGAUUGAAUCACAUCUAGAGCUCGCCGAGGAUAAGGAUUGGAAGCUAUUAGUUUGCUGCAUUGCAGCUGAGCUAGAGGCCCUGCGAGAAGCAAGGAGUUUACUUCUUCCCGCCUUCGGCCUCCCGGUGCAUGAAGAGGAUGCACCCCUGAACUCUACUUCGCCCAAAGAUCAUCCUCUACUGGACCAUGACUUCGAGGAGGGUCAAGAGGACUCGCGCGUAGGUCCACUGGAAAAUGACGACCCAGAACCUCCAGCCGAUUUGCUCCAGGAUGCAGACCCCCGUCAUUCGGAUAUUAGGCCAGAAGAUGAUGAUGAGCCAGAUCCAUCCUGGCUGGCCUGA